AUGCAUGAAAAAAGCCAGCAACAGCACACUUCCACCACAUCCAGGGGCUCGUCGUUUUUUAUCGAGAAUUUGCUUGGCUCUUGUAGGACAGAAAAGCCUGUCUGUCCAAUAAAGGAUAACGAUGGCACGGAGAGAGCGAAUGCUCUCAAGCGCUACCCGAACGCAUAUCGGAAAGAAAUGUGCGUUCAAGCGUCCAGCGCGGGCUUCAAGACGGAGAUCUCGCCGCUGGAGUGGAAAGGACGCGAAACCUCCAAGAGUCCAAGAGAGGAAAGCCGCAAUUCCAGUGAAUAUUCCCGCAGCGACAGAGACACCCCUUUGGCCUCUGAGCCUCUUGAUGGAGUAGUGGACCGAAAAAUGAGCGGUUGUGCGGUUGACGAGGGUGACGACGCUCGACAGCUCUUCGAUGAGCGUUCGGGGCCAGACACUUCCGAACCCGGCUCAGCCCGAAAGAAAAAGACCCGAACUGUGUUCAGCAGAAGCCAGGUUUUCCAGCUAGAGUCCACAUUCGACAUGAAGAGAUACCUCAGCAGCUCUGAGCGCGCGGGGCUCGCGGCCUCCCUGCACCUGACCGAGACCCAGGUGAAAAUCUGGUUUCAAAACCGGCGAAACAAAUGGAAAAGACAACUGGCCGCGGAUUUAGAGGCUGUUAAUUUUAACCACAACUCUCAGCGGAUUGUACGGGUGCCGAUCUUGUACCACGAUAAAGCUACACCCAUGUCGACACUCAGUUUUAACGGGUCUCAAGUCUCGCCACCAUUAAUGGGCUUUUCAAAUUCAGUGAACUAUCCAUUGUCGUCCUUUGCUCAUUCAGUGAAUUUAAUGACAUCGCAGAUGACAGGCCUUGUCUGA